GCAGUUAUUAUUUACGCUUUUGAUUACGCGGAACAUUCAUUCGAUUGAAUUCACGCUACGGCCAUGAAUCAUUCUUUCCGCACCCAUACCUGCAAUUUGUCUAUUUAAAGCCGGCUGUGGGCGCGAAAAAAAAUACACUUAGAGAAGAGCAUUGCGACCAUGGUCCCAGUGUCACGAAAACGAUCGACACCCACAUCCAGCGACGACGACAUGGAGGAGCCUUAUCGAAAGAGGCAACGCAUGUCGCCCGUUCUCCCGCAAACUCCCCCGCCUGAGCUCGAAUUGUCGCGUCCCGAUAAAAUGGAGUCUUCACUUUUCGACAGCGACGUGCGGAUGCUACUGCGCCGAUCAAUUUGCCAGACGUUGGAACACGUUGGGUUUGACCGGGCGACGGAAGAAGCGUUGGAGGCCAUGUGUGCCGAAGUCGAUACUUAUACGACGCAUUUACUUGCACAAGUUACUUCUUCGAUGAAUAAUGCGAGAAGAAAUAUUCCUAUACCCCUCGAUAUAUCCUACGCGUUCAAUCGGUAUCAAUUACCUCUCGCGUCACUAGAACCACAUCUGCGACCUCCAAUUUCCGUACCGAAGCUUGAAUUAGAAUUGGAGCCGGUGCCAAAGGAAGAUCCGACGACGAAGAAUAUCAUAAGGAUAUUAGGAGUGGAACUUAAUGGUGAGGUGGAAAAGGCGCAGAAAUCAUAUAUUCCGAAAGGAUUCCCCGCCUUUCCUAGCAAACAUACAUUUAAAUGGACGCCCAAAGAGAGUGAACGCUUAACAGAUCCGCGACAAAUACGGAUAAAGGCUGCAGAUAAUGCCAAGAUGGGGCAAGAGUCUUUGAGACGACUGAUGAAGGUUGGAAAGGUGGGCAAAGAUAGGGAAAUGAAACGAAUGGCCGGCAGAGAUCCAAAGAGUAAGGAAAGACAUGCGUUGUGGGAACGUACCAUGUUGGAACUGGGGAUUUCAAAUUCUGGUAGUGGAAGUGGUAGUGGAAAUGCAACGCUGGCGCUAGACGAUCGCAGUAUAGCAGUUAACGCAGAGAAACAGUAUUUCAGAAAAGGUGCACCGGGAAGAAGGAGAACGCAACCACAGCCGCAGCCUCCACCUUCGUCCAUGGAUGAGGAUUUGGUGUCACUAGAGCCGUAGGAAGAUGGAUCAAACAAGAAAUAUACGAAUAAU